GACGCAGGAUCAUGAAGAGGGUGUGGGGGAGGGUGUGAUUAGUCAUGCGGGAUUGAGGGAAGGAAUGUCGUGGAAAAUACGAAACAGUCAUGUACGUCGACGAAGUUGAUUGAUGGUCGGCAAGUUAAACUGCAGUAAGAUGAGGCUCAAAUUGAACUGCUCACAUUUCUUGCGCUUUAAAAAUGGGGUUUGGUUGUAGCGGACAUGGAGUGGAAGGAACGAGGGGAGAAGUGAGAAGAGCAGAGCAGAGCGAAGGAAGCGGAGGAAGCAGAGAGGAGGACGCUGUGGAGUGACAGGAACUGCUGCUUCCGCCACCAGCAAGCUGCGCUUCUCACAAGCAGCAGCAGCAGCAGCAGUGGUCUGGUCGGUCGAAGUACGACAGCUUUCUUCUGCAGUUACUGAACAAAUCGACACAGUGGUCGGAUUCUGCGAAAAUCUGCAGCACGCGGGGUUUCGGCCCAAGGGUCGUUCUCUGGAAAGGCUGGACUCUUCGAGAGGGUAGGGAACGAUGUUUUGCCGGUCUGGCAAUCAACGAUCGAAGGAUACGUGAGGUGGGAAAUUCACUCGAGUGUGAAGGAAAUGAAACCUCGAAAGAAACGCUGCGAUAGAUUGAUAGAGGUGUCUGAUGUCGCAUACGUCUCAUAACCACGCGUGCAGGUCCGAAGGAAUGGUGGGCUUGUUUUAUCAGAGAUUUCUGCAGGAAUGCAGGUGGUACAUAUGAGUGUCCUGCGGCGUUAGGGCUGCCAGGGGAAGGCAGGAGGUAGAAGAUCAGAGAAGAGAUAGUGGUUGCCGAAGAAUCUUAGCCAGUUUGGGCGGGAGGACAAAGGCAGGCAGGCAGGGAGGGAGUACGGGAUGGGGGAUAAUAGUGCAGUGAUGGAUGAGGCGUUAUUGAAGGAAUUUUUUGCUGAAGUCAGCGAGGUUGAACGAGACAAUGAGGUUCUCAGGGUGCUGGCCUGCUUCAAGCUCAAUCCAUUUGAACAUUUGAAUCUACCUUUCACUGCCACACCCGAGGAUGUUAGGAGACAAUAUCGUAAGUUAUCGCUGUUGGUUCAUCCAGAUAAGUGCAAACAUCCGCAGGCGAAGGAGGCUUUUUCAGCUUUGGCGAAAGCCCAACAACUUUUACUGGAUACAGCGGAGAGAGACUACAUCGUCGCUCAGAUAAAUCUAGCAAAAGACGAAUUGAGGGCAGAGAGGAAGAAGAUGCUCAAGAAAGAUAAUGCAUCAAAGAUCAAGUCCAUGGUGGAUGAGGGAAAAUUCGAAUCUCUUUAUGAGGAAUCGGAAGAGUAUAAACAAAAGUGGAAGCAACGAGUACGCGAAAUUUUAACCGAGCAGGAAUGGAGAAGACGGAAAUUCCAAAUGAGGAUUUCCGAAGAAGAGGGGAGGCUCAAGAAAGAGGAGGAAGAAACAAGAGAGAUGUGGAAGAGAAAGCGCGAGGAUCAGGAGAAGUGGGAAGAAACUCGCGAAAAUAGAGUUACCAGCUGGCGAGAUUUCAUGAAGGGGGGGAAAAAGGCAAAGAAAGGAGAGCUACGACCGCCCAAGCUGAAAACCGAGGAUCCGAACAAAUCUUAUGUACAACGGCCGGUGAAAAAGGGAUAGAAUCGAGAUCAGCUCAAAGUUUACAGUCAGUGUCUUGAAGUAGAUUAUGCGCUCUGAUUAGAAUUCGGGCUUCGAGCUGUGUUAGUUCAGAAUGUACCAUAGUUACAUGUUGUUCAUCAGUGCCAUCCUGUAGUUUCUAGUGAAAAAACGGUUGAAUAUAAUUCAAAAAACCACCAAUUUUUAUGAUUUAGUGCUGGUAAGAUCCUUCAUCGAAUCUGUGAGUACAUUUUCUCCCACGUAUUUCUGACCUUAGGGACGGGUCAAUUACCAGAGGUUUAGACACCGUAGUUGCUUAAUCGAAGGUUCUGACCAACCAGAACUCAUUUCCACCAUCACAUUUAUCUAUUUUGAGAAGUGGAUUGACGUUGGAGUUCUUUAGCGUUGGCUGCCUCAUUGACUCCACUUUUU